AUGCAGCUCACCACCCUUUUUGUUGCCGCCCUCUCCGCGGCUGUUGCCACGGCCCAGUGCAACACCUCUGAGCCGCCUCCCAUCCCGACCUGUGCGCAAAACUGCAUUGCCUCGGCCGCCUCUGCCAUUGGCUGUACUAGCCCUACCGACUUCGCUUGCCAAUGCAAGAGUGCUUCGCAAUUCGCACCGCAGGUUACACCUUGCCUGAUCUCCAAGUGUGGAGGUGAGGUGGCGCUCUCCAUCUCCGCCGUUGCUAGCUCCAUGUGUGCAAACUGCGGUCCCCCACCUAUGCCGACUCCAGCUCCGGAGACUGUUGCCUUCCGAGCAUAA